CUCCUGCAGCUCGCUUGCCACAACUCCCUGAGAGCUCCCAGGUGGCGGCAGCCUCCUCCAGACAGACUCAUUCACCAUGACCAAACUGAACGCCCAAGUCAAAGGCUCUCUGAACGUCACCACUCCGGGGAUACAGAUAUGGAGGAUCGAGGCCAUGCAGAUGGUGCCUGUCCCUUCCAAUACCUUUGGGAGCUUUUUUGAUGGUGACUGCUACAUACUCCUGGCUAUCCACAAGACCAGCACCAACCUGUCCUAUGAUAUCCAUUAUUGGAUCGGCCAUGACUCAUCCCAGGAUGAGCAGGGGGCAGCCGCCAUCUACACGACACAGAUGGAUGAUUUCCUGAAAGGCCGAGCUGUCCAGCACCGGGAGGUCCAGGGGAAUGAGAGUGAGACCUUCCGAAGCUACUUCAAGAAGGGCCUUGUGAUCAGGAAAGGGGGCGUGGCUUCUGGCAUGAAGCAUGUGGAGACCAAUUCCAGUGAUGUCCGGCGGCUGUUGCAUGUCAAGGGCAAGAGGAAUGUGGUGGCUGGAGAGGUGGAGAUGUCCUGGAAGAGUUUCAACCGAGGCGAUGUUUUCCUGCUGGACCUGGGGAAGCUUAUCAUCCAGUGGAACGGACCAGAGAGCAAUCGUAUGGAGAGACUCAGGGGCACGACCCUGGCCAAGGAGAUCCGAGACCAGGAGCGGGGCGGGCGCACCUAUGUGGGCAUAGUGGAUGGGGAGAGGGAGUCGGAAUCUCCGGAGUUGAUGGCGGUGAUGAACCACGUGCUUGGCCAGCGGAGGGAGCUGAAGGCUGCAAUUCCUGACUCGGUGGUGGAGCCGGCCCUCAAGGCUGCCCUCAAAUUGUACCACCUGUCUGACUCAGAGGGAAAACUGGUGGUUAGGGAAGUCGCCACGCGGCCGCUUACACAGAACCUGCUGAGCCACGAGGACUGUUAUAUCCUGGACCAGGGGGGCCUGAAGAUCUACGUGUGGAAGGGGAAGAAUGCCAAUGAACAGGAGAGGAAGGGAGCCAUGAACCAGGCUCUGAACUUCAUCAAAGCCAAGCAGUACCCCGCAAGCACGCAGGUGGAGGUACAAAAUGACGGGGCUGAGUCAGCAGUCUUUCAGCAGCUCUUCCAGAAGUGGACAGUGCCCAACCGGACUUCAGGCCUGGGCAAAACCCACACUGUGGGAUCUAUAGCCAAGGUGGAACAAGUCAAGUUUGAUGCUACCUCCAUGCACGUCCAGCCUCAGGUAGCAGCCCAGCAAAAGAUGGUGGACGACGGGAGUGGAGAGGUGCAGGUAUGGCGCAUUGAAGAUCUAGAACUGGUGCCUGUGGAUUCCAAGUGGCUGGGCCACUUCUAUGGCGGCGAUUGCUACUUGCUGCUCUAUACCUACCUCAUUGGCGAGAAGCAGCACUACCUGCUCUACAUCUGGCAGGGGAGCCAGGCCAGCCAGGAUGAAAUUGCAGCCUCGGCCUAUCAAGCUGUCAUCCUGGACCAGAAGUACAAUGAUGAGCCAGUCCAGAUUCGGGUCCCAAUGGGCAAGGAGCCACCCCACCUUAUGUCCAUCUUCAAGGGACGCAUGGUAGUCUACCAGGGAGGCACGUCCAGAGAUAACAGCACGGAGCCCGUGCCCUCCACAAGGCUGUUCCAGGUCCGGGGAACAAGUACCAACAACACCAAAGCCUUCGAGGUCACAGCCCGAGCCACCUCCCUCAAUUCCAAUGACGUCUUUAUCCUCAAGACUCCAUCCUGUUGCUACCUGUGGUGUGGGAAGGGCUGCAGUGGUGAUGAGCGGGAGAUGGCCAAGAUGGUUGCUGACACCAUCUCCCGGACAGAAAAACAAGUGGUGGUGGAAGGGCAGGAGCCAGCCAACUUCUGGAUGGCCCUGGGAGGGAAGGCACCCUACGCCAACACCAAGAGGCUACAGGAGGAAAACGCAGUCAUCACCCCUCGGCUCUUUGAAUGUUCCAACCAAACUGGGCGCUUCCUGGCCACAGAGAUCCUAGACUUUAACCAGGAUGACUUGGAGGAGGAGGAUGUGUUCCUACUGGAUGUCUGGGACCAGGUGUUCUUCUGGUUAGGGAAGCAUGCCAAUGAGGAGGAGAAGAAGGCCGCCGCUACCACCGUGCAGGAAUACCUCAAGACCCAUCCCAGUGGCCGUGACCCUCAGACUCCCAUCAUUGUGGUGAAGCAGGGACAUGAGCCCCCCACCUUCACUGGAUGGUUCCUGGCUUGGGAUCCCUUCAAAUGGACUAAUGCCAAAUCCUAUGAGGACCUGAAGGCGGAGCUUGGAAACUCUGGGGACUGGGGCCAGAUCUCGUCUGACAUCAUGAGCCCCAAGGUGGAUGUGUUCACUGCCAACACCAGCUUCAGCUCAGGGCCCCUGCCCAUCUUCCCUCUGGAGCAGCUGGUAAACAAGCCUGUGGAAGAACUCCCGGAGGGUGUGGACCCCAGCAGGAAGGAGGAACACCUGUCCACUGAAGAUUUCACUAAGGCUUUGGGGAUGACUCCAGCUGCCUUCUCUGCCCUGCCACGAUGGAAGCAACAAAACCUCAAGAAAGAAAAAGGACUAUUUUGAGAGGCCAUAGUCAUUGUCCUGUAAAGCACCAUCGUUCCCUGCUUGGAAGGUGGUUGCCUUGUGAACAGCAGUGUGCAGCCACACUAUUUGUGUUUAGUGACCUACCCAUUUCUUCAGAAAGACUCUGCCACCCCAAUAAGCCUGUGAUCUGAA